ACUCAUGCGACUUGAUCUGAAGCAAUCGGCUUGUGAGGAUUUGUUUACUUUCUCACAGACAGCGAUUUUGCAUUACCACUCGGCUGAUUCUCACAAAGUCACGGAGGUGAUAAUGUUUAGGUGUGGCGAAGGUCAUGAUGAUUAUGAUAUCAGGGCGUGCCAUUGCCUGUUAGCAAGUGUGAAUGUUUUGGGAUUUAAUUUGCCAUGUAGGUGGUGCCAUGAGUAUAGUAAUGAGUGGCAACAGUGCAUCAAACUGUCAGAGUCACUUGCACGCUGGUAGUACUGUUGUGUGAUGUAUUAAUUGUCUGCUACUUUAUUGUACUUUUCUGAGAACACCAUGCUUCCAAUUUUAUCCUUUUGCGAAACAUUUCCCAUGGGCAUGUUGAAACUUGAUCGCCGCGCUGGGCGAGAUCUGUGAGAUACGUUGUGUGCAGUGGCGCCAGUGCAUUGUGAGCUCCUGGCCCAAGCGGUACGUAUCAUGACCUUAUUUGUAGCUGUAUCUAUGUCAAGUGGCUAGUCAGAAAAUGCAUCAUUUACCUUAUCUAGGAUCCACAGUUUCAGUUUCUUCCCAAAGAGAAAGGGGAUGAGCAGGAAACAUCUAUAGGGAAAUGAAAAAGAUUCAAAACUUGCAAGAUGGAAAAAAAACAGACUUUCUAAAUAUUUUUGUAAAAAUUUUAAAAUAUGUUUGUUUAGAAUAUACCAAAAUCAUCUGUGGAAAUUGUGUUUAAUAUGAUUUGAUAAGAUAUUAAAAUGUUGAUUUUGCGAGUACUCUGUAAAUUUUUAUCUUUCUCAAUAUAAGUAUCCAGACAUUGUAUCUGCAGUGUAGAAUUCAUUAAAAUUUGCAUUGGGAGCCAUGUUCAAACUAAAUAAAAUAUGUAUUUCAGUAAAUAGAGCAUCAGGUCAUUUGCGUUCACAAAAAGUUGCUGCUAUAUCUGACAGAUACAUUGCAGACACUCCGGGUUAAAAUAAUUUUGCAUGUGUGACACUUUGUUUUGUGUUUGUGGUGUAUUCCAGCAUCAGAUUACUUAAGAUAUGAAGAAUGGAAAUAAUUUGAAUUAAGUUGUGAAAUUCACUUGAUUGACAAAGUUGACAGUUAUUACGUCUGUGGUAUAGUAGUGCAUUCAUGCUUUCAAGCUUGUGAUGUUACUCGAGCAGAAUUAAAACCCAACAAAUCUGUUACAAAAAUUUGGCCUUGAGUAUUAAUGUUAAAUUUGAAAAUGGACAUUAUGAAUAACUUUCUCGACACAGGUAACUUGGAAGCUGGUAUACGCUUGGUUCCUAAAACAUCAGAUCGGUUGACAGCCGAUUUUACAUCGGACGAGAGGCGUAUCCUGUAUGACUUCGUUAUUUCCAAAACUAAACCUGUCGAAGAUGUGAAAGUAGAAGAACUACAGCUCAUAGGUGAUUUGAAAAGAGAUGAACAGCCUCGCCCAAAAUCUAAGUUGGAGCUCCUAAUAGAACAGAGAGAUGCCAAGCGGCGACGGAUUAGCUAUAAGAAGAAAGUCCACACGAAUCGAAAAACUCACACCGAGAUACUGCGUGAAGUUAUUCAGAAUCAAAUGGACCUUGUUGAGCAGAUCAUCAAAGGCGAGUGUGAUGAUGAGAUGGCUGUUGAUGACGAUGAUAAGGACGAAACCUUUUCCCUUGGAGGUGAUGAAGUAAAUAUAUCUUCUCAACCCAAAAAUGAGAAUAAGAGCAGUCAUGAGGUUCGAAAGGCAGCUUAUGUUUCUGAUAAAGAGAGAAGUUCUGAGAAAAAAGUGAUCAAGAAAGAUGUUGGAAAAUAUGGAAGUGUUCCCCCUGAGAAUGUUGAGAGGAGAUACAGCAGAAGUGAACAGUCGAGCGAAAGUUGUUUAGAAAAACAUGAUGCUUAUAUAAAAUAUGAAAAAUAUAGUUCUGAGAGGAAGAGACACAAUGAUGGACAUGCAUCUUCCUCAUUUGGAGAAAAAGCCGGUAGAGAUAAAUAUUAUGUAAAUAACAACAAAGGAGGGGAGCGGUUCAGAGAUUAUCACUAUGACAGAGAUAAUAAUCAUUACCCGUCAAGAGUAAAUUCUGAGGAAGUUGACGAUUAUCUACAUUAUAGUAAAAAUUCUGCAAAACAAGAUCGAUCAGAAUUCAGAAAGCAAUACUACAGUCAUUCAAAACAUGUUAAGUACUCCUCAAAACGUGAUAAUUAUGUAGUUAAUUCAAAGGAUGAGAGAGAAACUGGGAGUCAGACAAAGCGUUACAAAUAUUCUUCAAAACAUUCUAGUUCUGAGCACGAUUGGAAACACGAAAGGAAAUAUGAAGCAAUCCCUGAGAAGAGCUCUGCACGUUCUCACAAGGGUGAUUAUACUGACAAACAUAGUGAUCAUUACGAUGUGCACUUACAGAAAUUUCAUAGAGAAGAUAAGUAUGACAUUUGCAAAAACGGCAGUGUGAUUAAUGAUUGGUCUUCAGAACAAAAAGACGUAAAAUUCAAAGCAGAAGAUGAUGAAAUCUCCCCUGAAUCCAAAAAAUAUUCUAAGAAGACAAGGCCAUAA